UCAAUGGCUUCAAUGGCUUCUUCUUCUCAAUUGUACUCAAAGCUCUCUUGCAUCAUCUUCUUCCUCUCGCUCUCCACUUUGGCUUCUGCAACCCUAAAAGUCGGUUUCUAUCAAUCAUCUUGUCCCGAGGCCGAGGCCAUUGUCAAGAACGCUGUAGAUUGCGCCGUCUCUCUUAACCCUGGCAUCGCUGCUGGACUCAUUAGGAUGCACUUCCAUGACUGCUUCGUUAGGGGUUGUGAUGGCUCAGUCCUAUUGGAAUCCACUCGAGGCAGCCCAGCUGAGCGAGAGCAUCCAGCAAACUUCCCAAGCUUACGAGGUUUCGAGGUUAUCGACAAAGCGAAGGCAGAAAUCGAGGCAAUUUGUCCCAAAACCGUGUCGUGCGCCGACAUUCUUGCCUUUGCAGCUCGUGAUAGCUCCUACAAAGUUGGAGGUAUCAGCUACGCCGUGCCAGCCGGUCGCCGCGACGGUCGCAUCUCAAUAAAAGAAGAAGCCAACGCUCUCCCUCUUCCCUCUUUCAAUGCCAAUGAGCUGAUUAACAGCUUCGCCCAACGAGGGCUGUCGGCGGCGGAGAUGGUGACACUUUCCGGCGCACAUUCCAUUGGAGUAGCGCACUGCCCCACCUUCUCUAACAGGCUUCAUUCCUUCAAUGCAACACACUCACAAGACCCUUCCAUGAACCCCAAUUACGCGGCUUACUUGAAGACCAAAUGCCCGUCGUCGUCGCCGAGUGAGCAAUCGACAGUGGCACUGGAGUUUUCGACACCGAAUCGUCUCGACCAUCGAUACUACGUCGAGUUGAAGAAGCACCAUGGGCUGUUGAGAUCGGACCAAACAUUGUUGAGUAGCUCUUCCACCUCGAGAAUGGUAUUGGACAAUGCUAAGCAUGGCUCCAAAUGGGCUGUGGAGUUUGGGAUGGCAAUGGCUAAAAUGGGUUCCAUUGAUGUCCUCACGGGAUGGCAAGGUGAGAUUAGACGCCAUUGUAGCUUUGUGAAUUGA